AUGGUCGCGUUCGCGGAUCCUACGGCAGUCAAAGUCUACACCGUCAAUGGCACAGCUUCUGGGUCAUCUUCUGCGCUACCGGACUGGCUGACACGGAAACGUGCAGUCAAAGGUAAGGGAAAGCGCGGCGCUGUCAGGGAGCAGGUCGAGUCGACCAUCGAGCUCAUUCAGCACUUCGAGUUCCCCGAGGCGAGUAACCGAGUGAAAACAACGAGGGAUGGUCAUCAUGCCGUUGCAACUGGCACGUAUAAGCCGCAGAUACGGGUUUGGGACCUAGACCAGUUGUCGCUCAAGUUUGAGCGGCAUACUGAUGCGGAGAACGUCGACUUCGUUAUGUUGUCGGAUGACUGGACCAAAAGCAUACACCUCCAAAACGACCGCUCUAUAGAGCUACACACGCAAGGCGGAUUUCACUACCGCACACGAAUACCUCGCUUCGGGCGAGCACUUGCGUACCAUUUCCCCUCGUGCGACGCUCUGUUCGCGGCCUCAGGCCCAGAGAUCUUCCGUCUCAAUCUAGACCAAGGUCGUUUCAUGAGCCCUCUACUACUACAGGGCGAAGGCGGCGAGGCAAUUGCAGGCGUGAACACCAUUGACAUCAAUCCGGCGCACCAACUAUUCGGCUUCGGCGUAGAAGGGAAUGGCACCGUUGAGUUCUGGGAUCCGCGGUCGCGGGCCCGAGUGGGUAUCCUCAGACUGCCGAAGGACAGGCUGCUGCCCAUAGGCGCGGCAGUGCCCGCUCUACCGGGUAUAGACGAUGGCGCAGCUCAGUCACUCUCGGUCACUGCAAUCUCAUCCCGAGCAGACGGAUUGUCCUACGCGAUUGGUACGUCGUCCGGCCACACGUUGCUCUACGACAUCCGAUCCGCUCGACCACUGGCAAUGAAAGACCAAGGCUAUGGUCUGCCGGUGAAGAACGUCGCAUGGAUAGAGGGCGGCAGUCGGAUGGCAGGCGACGGGCUGGUGUUGAGUGCGGACAAGAAGGUCAUCAAAAUCUGGGACAAAGAUGCGCCGGAGACCAACUUCGCCUCGAUCACACCUGCUGCGGACAUCAACGACGUCCAUCACGUACCGAAUAGCGGCCUCCUACUUCUCGCCAACGAAGGCAUCCAAAUGACUACCUACCUCAUCCCCCAACUCGGACCCGCCCCUCGCUGGGCGAGCUUCCUCGAAAACCUCACCGAGGAGAUGGAAGACCAGACGACGCGCACCGCCUACAAGGACUACAAGUUCGUCACGCGCGACGAGCUCACGAGCCUCGGGUUGGACCACCUCGUCGGCACGCCCGCGCUCAAGCCGUACAUGCACGGCUACUUCGUCUCACUCGCGCUCUACGAUACCGCGCGUGUCAUCGCCAACCCAUACGUCUACGCGGAGCAGCGCGAGCGCGUUGUCCGCGAGAAGAUGGAGAAGCUCGCGGAGAGCAGGAUCCGUGCGCCGAAGAACGCGCUUGCGGGCGUGAAGGUGAACAAGGCGCUGGCGGAGAAGGUCCGGAAGGAGGAGGAGCGUGAGAAGAAGAGGGAGGAGCGGAAGCGGGCGAGGAAGGUAGCGCAUGCGGAUGGCGAGGGUGAUGCGAUGGACGUGGACGAGGAGGGCAGUGAGGCUGACGGCAAGGCUCCUCAGGAGAAGCCGAGUCUGCUUAAUGACCCACGUUUCGCCGCGCUCUUCGAGAACCCUGAAUUCCAGGUAGACGAGAGCACCCGAGAGUACGCGCUGCUCAACCCGUCAGCGGCCACGCAGCGGCAGACUCGUGAGGCUGCAGGGAAGAACGGAAGGACGAAGACAGCAGUCGAAGCCGAGGAAGAAGAGAGCGACAAGAGCUCGUCAGACGGGCUGAGUGAGAGCGAGAAAAGUGGGAACGAGAGCGAGGAGAGCCAGGACAGUGACGUUGCGGGAGAGCUUUGGACAGACGACAUCCGCGCCCGUUUGGCUGCGCGAAAUUCGGCACGUUCGCAGCCUCGCUCGCGACCACAUCAGCGUCAACCAAAAGUCAACCUCGUGCCCUUACAUGCACAAGCAUCUGGAGUGGGCCGCUCUACGGACAGGAGUGCGACCUUUGGUCAACGGCGCUCCGGAUCGUCUCUCGCCGGGAAGGGCAAGGGCAAGGGGCGGGCAGACGCCACAGAUGUCCGUCAGACGGGCGAUGGUGGCAUGGAAGUGUCGUUUGUUUCCCGGUUUUCAGGCGCAUAUGACUCUGAUGAAGACAUGGAUGGCUCGAGCCGCGUCACAGCCAAGGCUGGGAAGGAGGCGAAAAGGAAGGGCGUUCAGACGUUCGGCGCUGGAAUGGAACGAGGCGGAGAAGACCCUGAACACGAGCUCAGUGAAACCGAGCGGCGGGGAAGGACUCAGCGACGCAAAGGCAUGCGCAGCGGAAGUAAAAAUACGUUCAGGCGGGGAUGA